UCUGGCCGAAGGUGGUUUCCCCUUGCUGAGGGUGGGAGAGCUUGGUGAGCUGAAACCGGAGCUCCGGCUCAGCUGGGGCUUGGGGAGGUCCCUGCAAGAGCCAGAGCCUGCCCCCCGUGCUCCUUGUCCUUGUUCUCACUCAGGCACUUGGCAGCGCUGCGGGAACGAUGGAGCUGGACCGGUGGACGCAGUUGGGGCUGGCGUUCCUGCAGCUCCUUCUCAUCUCGUCCUUGCCCAGAGAAUACACAGUGAUUAACGAAGCCUGCCCUGGAGCUGAGUGGAACAUCAUGUGUCGGGAGUGUUGUGAAUACGAUCAGAUUGAGUGUAUCUGCCCAGGAAAGAAGGAAGUAGUGGGUUACACCAUCCCCUGUUGUAGGAAUGAGGACAAUGAAUGUGACUCCUGCCUUAUUCACCCAGGUUGCACCAUCUUUGAAAACUGCAAGAGCUGCCGGAAUGGCUCGUGGGGGGGAACUCUGGACGACUUCUAUGUAAAGGGAUUCUACUGUGCUGAGUGCAGAGCCGGCUGGUAUGGAGGAGACUGUAUGCGAUGUGGCCAGGUUCUUCGAGCUCCAAAGGGUCAGAUUCUGUUGGAGAGCUAUCCCUUAAAUGCUCACUGCGAGUGGACCAUUUACGCCAGACCUGGGUUCAUUAUCCAGUUGAGGUUUGGCAUGUUGAGCCUGGAGUUUGACUACAUGUGCCAAUAUGAUUAUGUUGAGGUUCGUGAUGGUGACAACAGUGAUAGCCCCAUUAUCAAGCGUUUCUGUGGUAAUGAGCGGCCAGCUCCCAUCAGAAGCACGGGCUCCUCACUCCACGUCCUCUUCCACUCUGAUGGCUCCAAGAACUUUGAUGGCUUCCAUGCCAUCUUUGAGGAGAUCACAGCAUGCUCCUCAUCCCCCUGUUUCCAUGAUGGCACAUGCCUCCUUGAUGCAACUGGAUCUUACAAGUGUGCUUGCCUAGCUGGCUACACUGGGCAGCACUGUGAAAAUCUCCUUGAAGAGAAAAACUGCUCAGACCUUGGGGGCCCAGUCAAUGGAUACAAGAAAAUAACAGGAGGCCCUGGGCUUCUCCAUGGGUACCAUGUAAAAAUCGGCACUGUUGUGUCAUUCUUUUGUAAUGGCUCUUAUGUUCUUAGUGGCGAUGAGAAAAGAACUUGCCAGCAGAAUGGAGAAUGGUCAGGGAAGCAGCCCAUCUGCAUAAAAGCCUGCCGGGAACCAAAGGUCUCAGACCUGGUGAGAAGGAGAGUUCUUCCAAUGCAGGUUCAGUCAAGGGAGACCCCUUUACACCAGCUGUACUCCACAGCCUUCACCAAGCAGAAACUGCAGGAUGCCUCUACGAAAAAGUCAGCCCUUCCCUUUGGAGAGCUGCCCCCUGGGUAUCAGCAUCUGCACACCCAGCUCCAGUAUGAGUGCAUCUCACCCUUCUACCGCCGCCUGGGAAGUAGCAGGAGGACCUGUCUGAGGACCGGGAAGUGGAGUGGGCGGGCCCCAUCCUGUAUCCCAAUCUGUGGGAAAAUUGAGAACGUCACUUCUCCAAAGACCCAAGGGACUCGCUGGCCGUGGCAAGCAGCCAUCUACCGGAGGACCAGUCAUGUGCAUGAUGGUAGUCUGCACAAGGGUGCAUGGUUCUUGGUCUGCAGUGGUGCCCUGGUGAACGAACGCACUGUGGUAGUGGCUGCACACUGUGUGACUGACCUGGGGAAAGUCACCGUCAUCAAGACAGCAGACCUUAAGGUAGUCUUGGGGAAAUUCUACAGGGAUGAUGACCGAGAUGAGAAGACCAUCCAGAAUUUACGGAUUUCUGCUAUCAUUCUGCAUCCCAACUAUGACCCCAUCCUGCUUGAUGCUGACAUCGCCAUUCUGAAGCUCCUGGAUAAGGCCCGCAUUAGCACCCGCAUCCAGCCCAUCUGCCUGGCUGCCACUCGGGACCUCAGCAUUUCUUUCCAGGAGUCCCACAUCACUGUCGCUGGCUGGAACAUCCUGGCAGAUGUGAGGAGCCCUGGUUUCAAGAAUGACACGCUGCAUUCUGGAAUGGUCAGAGUAGUGGACUCGCUGCUCUGUGAGGAACAACAUGAAGACCAUGGCAUCCCAGUUAGUGUCACUGACAACAUGUUCUGUGCCAUUCAGGACCCCAACACCCCUUCUGACAUCUGCACUGCAGAGACAGGGGGCAUUGCAGCUGUGUCCUUCCCAGGCCGAGCAUCCCCUGAGCCUCGUUGGCAUCUGGUGGGGCUAGUCAGCUGGAGCUAUGACAAGACAUGCAGCCAUGGCCUAGCCACAGUCUUCACCAAGGUGUUGCCUUUCAAAGACUGGAUUGAGAGAAACAUGAAAUGAACUGGCUGCAGGCCCACUGAGAACCUUUCCCCAGCAUCCAUCUCUAUAUGUGCUGUAUGACACUCUGGACCUGAAGUGUGAUUUUGCCCAUGAACUUGGCCAUGACAAACCUUCUCCUUUCAGGGAUGUAUUUCAGUGAAUGAUGAGUAGAGUUUGCUUUCUGGCAGGCCACCACUUUUCUGACUGCUAGAAACCAUCUGAAAGAUGCUAAGGCUUAUGAGAACUAAAUUUCUUCAAAGAAGACCAUGUGAAUGAGAAGAAAACCUUCAUGGCCUUCUCCACCUCUCAGUGAUGUGAAUGUCAUGGUCAUCUCUGGUUGAGAGGGUUGGCCUGAGGGGGUCUGGACUGUACCACCCCUCUUUUGAGGGCUUCAGUCAAACUUCCAAAGAACAGCCUGUAUGACAGCCCAGGGCAAAGGAGCUUGGAUGUGGCACUUGCUCUUAUGAAUGUUAUCACAGUAUUUUCUGGUCAUUUUCCUUGAUUUCCUGCACACAUUUUAAUAAAAUAAGGGUUGGCUUCUGACCUACAAAAGAAAAAUGUUAUAUCCUCAUUUUUGUAUGCUGAUUUUCUGAGUUACAUGAAUUUGGGCUAGUGGCUUGGAGAUGACCUUUUAAUAUAGAGCCAAAAGGUAUAAUUCUCCAAUGUGUAUGCCAAAGGCUACCUUUUCUAUGACAGUCCUUGGAGCUUGAAGGGCCAUGGGCCAGGCAUUUCAAAUACAGAUGCCAUCAGAUAAGAUACAGAUUGAUAAAUACUAGGGGUGUGACUUAUCUCAAUAGGACUGAGAAGUAGGAGAUUAGUAAAUCACAACUCAAAGUGUGUCUGUCAGGAUGUUUCUAUGGAGGAUUAAGAGAAGAAUUAUCAUGAGUGUGGGAAAUACCCCACAUUCCAUCCCAUAAACUGGAGGCUCAGAUAGAAGGGGGUGGGGAGCCAGCACGUGUAGGGAUUCUCUCUCUGCUUUCUGGCUGUCAUGAUGGGAACUGCUCUUCUCUGUCCUCCUCACCAGGAUGGAGUAAAACUUCUGAAAUUCUGAGAAAACUAAUCUGUCUUUGUUUCCCUCAGGUCACAAACUCUGGCCAACACCAUGGAUUUUCUCAUUUCUAUUGUCUUUGAUUCUCCUAAUCUAGAUUCAGCAUAAAGCCUACUUUGAAUCUCCAC